UCCACAGCAGCUCUCUCCUCCAGGUUCCCACUCCCUCGUCAUUGCGAGCGAGGAGAGGACGAGUUUGCCACAGCUGCAGCAGCAGAUGUUUGACGGGACUUUCAUUCUCCUGUGAGGAAGCCAGGGUCGAUAACGAGGAUGACUGAACGCCGCACGCACUAAGAACCUCGUGCACAAUUGACAGCUGAAACCAGGGUUAGGGUUAGACACCAUGAACACCACGGGACAUCUUGGACUUAUCCAAGCCUUCCAAAACAGGACCCAAACUGUGGCCACUUUGCCACUUCACAAAGACCUGUCGGCCGAGGACAAGGACUCGUCUGCAGGAUGUUACGAGCAGCUGCUGAUCUCCACGGAGGUUUUCCUCACGCUGGGCAUCGUCAGCCUGCUGGAGAACAUCCUGGUCGUCGCCGCCAUUGUCAAGAACAAGAACCUUCACUCGCCGAUGUACUUCUUCAUCUGCAGCCUCGCUGUCGCGGACAUGCUCGUCAGCGUCUCCAACGCCUCAGAGACCAUCGUCAUUGCGCUCAUCAACGGCGGCAACCUGACCAUUCCCGUGACACUGAUCAAAAGCAUGGACAACGUCUUCGACUCGAUGAUCUGCAGCUCUCUGUUGGCGUCCAUCUGCAGCCUGCUCGCCAUCGCCGUUGACCGCUACAUCACCAUCUUCUACGCGUUGCGAUACCACAACAUUGUCACACUGCGGCGAGCCGUGCUGGUCAUCAGCAGCAUCUGGACGUGCUGCACCGUGUCGGGCAUCCUCUUCAUCAUCUAUUCAGAGAGCACCACUGUGCUCAUCUGCCUCAUCACCAUGUUCUUCACCAUGCUGGUUCUCAUGGUGUCACUGUACGUCCACAUGUUCCUUCUGGCCCGGCUCCACAUGAAGCGGAUCGCGGUGCUGCCGGGCAACGCGCCCAUCCAGCAGCGCGCCAACAUGAAGGGCGCCAUCACGCUCACCAUCCUCCUGGGCGUGUUCGUGGUGUGCUGGGCGCCGUUUUUCCUCCACCUCAUCCUCAUGAUCACCUGCCCCAGGAACCCGUACUGCACCUGCUUCAUGUCCCACUUCAACAUGUACCUCAUCCUCAUCAUGUGCAACUCCGUCAUCGACCCUAUCAUCUACGCUUUCCGUAGCCAAGAGAUGAGGAAAACCUUCAAAGAGAUCUUCUGCUGCUCACACGCGUUCCUGUGCGUGUGAGACGUCAGCGCGGCUUCAAUCUCGAUGCUCUGAGCUUUAAAUGAAAGUUGGCCAACAGGGACUUUGAUGUUUCGGGCUGUAAUAUCUGCUGUUGCUGCUGCUGCUGCUGCUGCUGCUGCUCUCACAGUGGCUUUAAAUGAUGGAUGAGUACGACGUUUGCCUCUGGCAUCAUGAGUCAGGUUUGCUUAGUGAAGACGUACGUUUACAGAACACCUUGUAAUAUAGAGGAUUGAGCUGCAGAUAAAUGCUUUCUGCUGCUUUGCUCUCAAGUGCAAUUUGAAGUCAGUAUGAGCAGCAUGUAUGUAAAGAAAAAUCAAACCCAUCAUGAUUACCUUAAGGAAAUGUAUGUAUUAUAGUACUCUGACGUGAUUGUUCAGGAGUUUUAUUUUGUUGUUGUUGAGGUACAGACGACUCACUCUCACUGACAACCGCUUAACAAAAGACUCAUGUCACUGUUUUGCCUCAUUGUUGGACAGACUUUUCCAACAGGAAACUGAACUUUAGAAAGUGCCACACCAAA